GCGCUCAGCUGAACUUUACUCGAGUAUCGGGCCACUCCCAAACACACCUGAUAACACUGACCGACUGCUGGGAAUCCGCCAUCAUCCUCCGCAUUCAAGUCACGGGAAAAAACGAAACUCCUAAAUACUUCACGAACUCGUACAUUUAUCACUCAAACGGGUGCUUUUAGUCAGGUUUUAUUGGAUUAUAUCUUUUGGCUUUGGUUUAGCCGCUGGGAGGGAUUACACCACGCGGAAAAACUUUACCACGGUAUUUUAAAAGUCUCAUCCCUCCAUUUUGAAUCUGACAGGAAUUUCAGCAGUUUGAAACAUGACGAGCAUUAACACAGCAAACAUCAACUUCAAAUGGGAUCCCAAGAGCCUGGAGAUCCGCACACUGGCUGUGGAAAGACUGCUGGAGCCCUUGGUUACCCAGGUCACCACUCUUGUGAACUCUAGCAACAAAGGGCCGUCCAACAAGAAGAAAGGCCGCUCCAAGAAGGCUCACGUUCUGGCAGCCUCCGUGGAGACAGCCACCCAGAACUUUCUGGAGAAAGGCGAGAAGAUUGCUAAAGAGAGCCAGUUCUUAAAGGACGAACUGACCGCAGCGGUGGAGGAUGUCCGCAAGCAAGGAGAAUCCAUGAAGUUGGCCUCAGGAGAGUUUGCAGAGGAUCCCUGUUCUUCAGUGAAGAGAGGCAACAUGGUCCGUGCUGCACGUGCCCUUCUUUCUGCUGUCACUCAUCUGCUUGUACUGGCGGACAUGGCUGAUGUGUACCAGCUUCUGCUUCAGCUCAAACUGGUUGAGGAGAGCCUGGUGAAGGUGCGUAACGCUGGCACUGAGCAGGACCUGGGUAUCCAAUACAAAGCUUUGAAACCGGAGGUGGACAAACUGAACAUGAUGGCAGCCAAGAGGCAGCAGGAACUCAAGGACGUCCAUCACAAGGACCAAAUGGCGGCAGCUCGCGGCGUCCUGCAGAGGAACGUUCCCAUGCUGUACACGGCUUUGCGUGCCUGUCUGCAGCACCCAGACGUGGCCGCGUACAAGGCCAACCGGGACCUCAUCUACAAGCAGCUGCAGCACGCUGUCUCCGGCAUAUCUAAUGCAGCUCAGGCUGCCAGCAGCGAUGACUCCAGCUUCUCCCAGUCUGCAGGUGGAGGAGAGCUGGCCUACGCCCUCAACAACUUUGAUAAGCAGAUCAUCGUGGACCCGCUGAGUUUCAGCGAGGAGAGGUUCCGGCCUUCUCUCGAGGAGCGUUUGGAGAGCAUCAUAAGUGGCGCCGCCCUCAUGGCUGAUUCCUCCUGCACACGUGAUGACCGGCGUGAACGCAUCGUGGCCGAAUGCAACUCCGUGCGACAGGCGCUGCAGGAUCUGCUCUCAGAGUACAUGGGCAAUGUAGGUGCACGUCAAAUACUGUUUUUCCUUCUCGCUUACUGCUUUUCCCCUUCCACAGUCCCACAUCCCUGAAUGGCGAUGCUGAGUACCAACCUGCUACCUGAGACAGAUGCUCUCCUGCAGGGAAGGAGAGGGGAGUUUUAUUUCAGGGACAGUGCACACAUCACGUUCGCCGGGUAGUGUUGUAUAAAGACCUCCAGUCUCAGCACAAUUUGUCUUGUGCUGCCUAGCUUUUCAAGAGAGGGAUUCAGUACACACAAGCCCCCUCCUGUGAUACUGAUCUGUGUGUUGAAUUGUUUGACUGCUGUUGUUUUCAAAUAAUUCCCUUUGUUUGCUCACCAGUAUUGGUUUUAUUUUAUUUUUUUUCGGUCUUUCAUUUAAUUUGUUUUCCUUUUGCUUCUCCAUUUAUUAUCUUGUAGUCACAGAUUUUUCUUUUUCUUUUUUUC